UCAAUUGCUGUCGGAAUGGUGAUUGAAAUCAUUGUAAUAUAUGGACCAAGAAGGGAAUGUAAGGUUGGUAUAGAUAACCUUCUGGUGCUUCUCAUUGGUGGGAUUCCUAUUGCAAUGCCUACUAUUCUUUCUGUCACCAUGGCUAUCGGUUCACAUCGUCUGUCUCAGCAGGGUGCCAUUACAAAACGUAUGACAGCUAUCGAGGAAAUGGCUGGAAUGGAUUUUCUGUGCAGCGACAAAACUGGCACAUUGAACCUUAACAAGCUCACUGUUGAUAAAAAUAUGAUUGAGGUGUUUGCUAAGGGAGUGGACAAGGACGAUGCAGUACUAAUGGCUGCAAGAGCAUCGAGGUUAGAGAAUCAAGAUGCAGUUGAUGCUGCUAUUGUUGCAAUGUUGCAAGACCCUAAGAGCAAGUCCAAUGCUGGGAUAACUGAGGUCCAUUUUUUGCCAUUCAAUCCAACUGACAAAAGAACAGCACUUACAUACAUCGACAAAGCUGGUACUAUGCAUAGAGUUAGUAAAGGUGCACCGGAGCAGAUUCUUGACCUUGCACAUAACAAAUCCAAUAUUGAAAAGAGGGUACAUUUAGUAAUUGAUAAUUUUGCAGAAUGUGGACUUCGAUCCCUUGGAGUUGCUCGUCAGUUAAAUGUGCCUGAUAACAACAAAGACAGUUCUGGUGGGCCUUGGGAGUUCAUUGCACUUCUUCCUCUUUCUGAUCCACCUAGUCACGAUACUGCUGAAACAAUUAGAAGAGCUCUGGAACUUGGUGUCAGUGUCAAGAUGAUAACAGGAGACCAACUGGCAAUUGGCAAAGAAACGGGUAGAAGACUUGGAAUGGGAACAAAUAUGUACCCUUCAUCAGCUUUGCUGUCUAAGAAUGGUAAUGGGGAUUCUUCAUCUCUACCUAUAGACGAACUCAUUGAGAAAGCUGAUGGUUUUGCUGGCGUCUUUCUUGGUAUGUGUUGGACAUGGCAAUUUUGUUAUAAGUUUACUGAUACACGUAUCCUGCGCCUUUCUGAUGCCUUACUAUAAUAUGUUCUUGAAGAUCAUAAAUAUGAGAUUGUAAAGAGGCUGCAAGAAUUAAAGCACAUUUGUGGGAUGACUGGUGAUGGCGUUAAUGAUGCACUGGCCUUGAAGAAGGCAGACAUUGGAAUCGCUGUGGCAGAUUCAACGGAUGCAGCUCGUAGUGCCUCUGAUAUAGUGCUCACAGAACCUGGAUUGAGUGUAAUUAUCAGUGCAGGAUUCACAAGCCGCUCAAUAUUUCAAAGAAUGAAGAACUACACGAUAUAUGCUGUCUCGAUCACCAUUCGUAUUGUGAAGUUACAAGAAAAACAGACAACCCUUUUUGUACUAGGCUCCGCUUUGUGUUGCUGACUGUUUUCUGGAAUUUGACUUUCCCCCUUUCAUGGUGCUUGUCAUUGCUAUUAUCAACGAUGCACGAUCAUGACUAUAUCGAAAGACAGAGUAAAACCUUCUCCAUUGCCUGACAGUUGGAAGCUUAAAGAAAUUUUCGCAACUGGUGUUGUUCUUGGUUCUUACAUGGCCUUAAUGACUGCUAUAUUCUUCUGGGCAGCAUAUGAAACUAACUUUUUCACGGUAAAUUUUAGUGCAGACUUAUUCAGACUAAUUAUGUCUGCCAUUUCCAAUUUUGCAGACUUAGAGAGCUUCAUACUCUUAAAGGAAAGGUGGAAUCUUUGCCAAGUUAAGAGGCCUAGAUAUUGACAACAAGAACCAGAACUACACACUCUGAGUAGCACAUAAAUCAAUCACCCGUUGUCUCAUCAGCCAACUUUUGUAUUCUUUCACCAUUUGUUAAAGUAUUAAUCAAUGUUUUAAUAACAAGCAUCAUUUCUUUUAUUAGGAUUACUGUAUUACUACUUGCCAGGAUUUCGAGUGACUAAUGAAUACUGAACUUUUUUAUUCGACUUUAAAUUUGUAUACGUUAAUUGUAUGAAUAUGUAUAAAAUUUUAAUUACUUUUGUACAUAACUUAGGUGUAUUUAGUGUUUGUUUGUCUGGUGUAGUUUACCUGUCACUUGCCCAGUCUUUGCGUUGUGUUGUGUUAUGUGUAUAUAUACUUGUGACUUGCCAAACUUUUAUGAAAACCAAUACACUUGCAAGGCAAGUAUUUAUCAGUUUGCAUUAUAUGUUGUAGAAGUUGACUUGUGUAAUCUUCAUAUAAGGUACAUCAUUUAUCUCACAUAUGAAACCAUGGAUUCGAAUGUGUUUGUUGAAUUUGUUAGGAAAAUAUAGUUUCAGUUGCAGGUUAAUAACGAAAUGAGUGGAAAGGAGACUUCGCUUGCUGAUAUUGUUGAAGAAGGAUUUGAUCUGGAAAAUGCACCACUGGAAGAGGUUUUCCAGCACCUAAAAUGUACGCGAGAGGGUCUGACGUCUGACGAGGUUACUAAAUGACUAGAAAUCUAGAAUUGUUUGGAUAUAACAAACUCGAGGAGAAAAAGGAAAGUAAAGUAUUGAAGUUUCUGGGAUUUUAUGUGGAAUCCAUUGUCAUGGGUGUUGGAAUGGAAGGUGCAGCUAUAAUGGCGAUUGGUCUUGCACAUGGAGGGUUUUAUCGAAGAAAACAAUGCUGGAAACGCAGCUGCUGCUCUUAUGGCUCGGUUGGCUCCAAAGGCAAAAGUUUUACGCGAUGGAAAAUGGAAAGAAGAAGAUGCAGUGUGUUGGUUCCUGGUGAUAUAGUGAGCAUCAAACUAGGAGACAUUGUUCCUUCUGAUGCUCGCCAACUAGAAGGAGACGCGUUAAAGAUUGCAUCGCAAUUAUCAGCGUCAAGUCUGAUCCACUUCUCUCAACUGCUAAAAUGGGAUGCGAUGGUGAUAGUAUAGCAAUAGAUUCUAACACAUCUAUGCUAGGCGGUGCAAUUUCGCUAUUGCAUGGAGACGAAGAAACAGUUUCAACUCGUUGUGAUGAUUUUCAUCAUGAUUGCAAAGAGCUUUUCUGGACGUCGUGCACAGUGACUGAGGUAGGUACCUGUUCGAUUCUCAGAGACAGCUGAAUAGAUAGUGCACCACCUGCUUUUGCAUGUAGUUCUGUGCAAUGAUGGUAGGACCAAGUCAAUUAAUUGUACCAUAUGCAUAUAUAACUUCUGUAUUGACACGGGUUUUUGUGAGAUUGUUGUUGGAGGACCCGUCAUCAAUUGUUAUGGAGAAGUCAUUGGAGUAAGCUUUGCCUUGAGCCGAUUCAAUGCAUUUCUGCUGAUAAAUAUUGCAUUGAAGUGUUUGGAGGAUCUGAAGAAAAUAGGCAAGUUCCAAGGCCCUUAUCUUGGAAUGGGUGUUGCUAAUCUUUACACUGCAAAGUUAGAGAAGCUGGAUGAACUACUGGAACAUUCCCUCAUGUAACCAAAGGAGUUAUAAUUGAACAGGCUUGAUUCUUCUUCUUGUAAACUCCUUUAGUUCUUUUGACUAUACUGGUGGUUAGUUCUAUUUAUGCAUGUCUUCAUGAGGUCUCCCACCGAUUGAGGGAAUUAACCUCGGACCUAGAUGGAGGAUAGGGCCUAUGCAAUUACUUCAUGGUUUGGAAAUAUCACAUCAUCUGUGGUCCUGCUAGUAAAACAGAUAUGGACAUAGAGAUAAUUUGAAGGGGAAUUUGGCUUUAUGAACACCUACGGGAGAUGAUUACGAUGAGCCUUAUUUUCUUGCGAGCUAAAGCAUGCCUAAUAUCUUUGGCAAUUAUGUACUUUUAUGGAAUUACCAAAGUGCGGAAUUCGAGGACUUGUUUGUCCCUGAAGUGCUGAAUUUAUGCCUUCAUGGACAAGUGCUUGAAACAGAAUUUAACAAGUACAAUAUCCUAAAUAUUCUGUAAAAGACAUUUGAUAUUUGCAGAAAAUUGUGCAAACUAAGGAGAUGCAAACAAAAGCAAGGGGAAUCAGGAAGUUUCAGGAACACUAGUUAAAGCUUCAUGACUUGUGUACAAUUUUAGUGACCGAGACAGAUGACAUCGGACACUUCACUUUAAGCAUAAAUUCAAAAUAUUGUCUAGUCCAAUACUUGGGUCCACACCCGUGACCUACACAUGUACCUGAGUUGGGGAAACCUAGGCUAUUUAUUUAAUAUUCAUAUUCCAUGCUUAUAAUUUUUUAUUCUUUUUUGAGACUAGUCCUGGAAGAGUACAGUAGCCUUCCUGUUGCUUAGAAUAUGCGCUUUAAGAUUGUUUCAUCAACAAUUAUCAUAUCUGUUUAAAAUUUUGUAGUAUUUGAAAGAAUAGUAUUUGAAAGUUUUGCCAAAAUCUACACUAGCAAUAAGGAGCAAUGUCUAACACUAAUGCAUUCACAUCCAAUAUGUACUCUUACUUUUCUGCUGCAUUUUCUUAAGUUGAUCUGAAAUGUUUAAGCUCAUUUAACUUAAAAGUCCCCUCUAACCCCUUUUGCCCUUUUCGUAGGUUAAGAAUAUGAGAAUUCAUGCUUGUGUAAAAAGGAGAAAGGGAUGCCAUUGGACUUUUUGGUCUGUUAGGAAAUGGCUCAAAGCAAGGGUUUCACUUGAAACUAUUAAGAAGAAAAGGAAAAUCCAAACAAGAGAUAAAGAACACAUGACAAAGCAAUCUCGAUCAUAAAUUCAGUGAGUGACUUAUUGCUUCAGGGAUGUCUGGCUGGAUUCUCAUGUAGCAAUCUUGAAUAACGUAAUAUGCAGUGUGCCCCUAGUGCUAAUGGAAUAUAUGCUCUCGGAAUGCUAAGAAAUCAUCUUUCAAGAGAGUUCAACAUUAAAAGGGUAAUCAUGCAUGUAUCAUGAAGUGGAGGAAGUAUAUAUUUUUGUGAAGUUCUCUAUUUUCAUUAGUGUUGUUUACUUAUUGAAAAAGGUUUUAAUGUAGAGCAUUAGUUUGUCUUUUA